CUAAACAUGUUUAAACUCGUUUUAUUUAAAAUUUUAUUUCGCAAUACUACAUAACCUCAAGAUAAUCUUAACCUAUAAAAACCGACGCCGACAUUUACACAUGCCAGAGAUUAAGUUGCAAAAAUGCCGUUAAAUCCGCGAGAUUCAGGAAAAUUAAUAUCUUCAUUAGCCAAACACGUUAAAAUUAAUGAACUUGGAGUUCAAAAACUCGGAGAUGAGCUAUUAAAAAGUAUAAAUUCGGGUGAAUUAUCCAUUGAAAGCUUCAGUCAAAAUAAUGUUCACCCAAAAUACACAAAUUGGUGGGCUAUCGAUUGGUUAUUUGUUGUGGAUGCCUUAAAUUAUUGUUUUUGGUCGAAAGAACACGAAUCAGGAUGGACUGUGGAAGGAAAAACGGGAUAUUUCGCUCUUUGCGUUGCUAUAAACAGAGCUAUGCGGGAGAAUGUCGAUAUUUUAAAUGCAAAAUAUUAUUCGGUGAUUUCAAGGGAUGAUCUUAAAGAAAUAUUACGAAGUGAUAAUGAAGUUGAUGUUCCUCUUUUGGAUGAUCGUGUAAAGUGUUUACAUGAAGCUGGGUCUGUAUUGUUAGAAAAAUUUGAUGGUUCGUUUAUUAAUUGUGUUAAAAAGGCUGAAAAUAGCGCGGUGAAGUUGUUGGAUAUAAUAAUUAGUAACUUUAAAUGUUUCCGUGAUGAAGCUUCUUAUAAAGGUCAUGAAGUUUCUUUAUAUAAGAGAGCACAAAUUUUGAUUGGUGACAUUUGGGCUUGCCAUCGAGGAGAAGGAUUGGGUAAAUUUAAAGACAUUGAAGAAAUAACCAUGUUUGCGGAUUACAGAGUGCCGCAAUCUUUAUUAUAUUACAACGUUAUCGAAUAUAGUAAUGAAUUGAACGAUUUGUUGAAAAAGAAUAAUUAUUUGGAAAAUGGAAAUGAGAUGGAAGUUGAGAUACGGGGAGUUUCAAUUCAUGCUGUUGAGUUAUUGAGAGAAUAUAUUACUAAAAAACUUGGGAAAGAUGAUUCCAAGAAAGUUAAUUCGAUUAUAAUUGAUCACUUUUUGUGGGAUUUUAGGCGAAAACAUGCGAAAGAAAUUUUGAAAAUGGGGUUACCUUUUCAUAAAACGUUUUGUAUUUAUUAUUGAUUAAAAAAUUAUUAAACUCAA